AAACAAUCGUAUGAAAUGCAAAACCCCACGAGACAUUCAAUCCUACCGACGCUCCAGCAGUCUGAGUCUGCUGCCCAAAGUGUCGAGAUGUCAGGAAUGUGUUCUCAUUUCGGGUUGGCGGCUCUAGUGCUAUAUUUAUUGACAGUCGAUGUUCUCGCCAACCCCAGGAGUAUUCCGGUUCAACGAACUACUCGUCUCCAUCCCAACAGCAUCCGGUACAACGUCAACAACAAUCGCCCAAUUAUCGGAAUCUUAUCACAAGAGCCUUCAAAGUCCAUGGCCUCCGUUUCGCCGGAAAGUGUGAGUUACAUUGCUGCGUCAUAUGUCAAAUGGUUGGAAGGUCAGGGUGCUCGAGUUGUCCCCAUAAGAAUCAAUCAACCGGAUUCCUAUUACAAGGUCAUCUUUAACUCCAUCAACGGAUUGCUCAUUCCUGGUGGUGGGUCUAGUCUGAUAACAUCCGGUUACGGCAGAGCUGGUUCCAUAUUAUACGAUCUGUCCAUCGAGGCUAACAACAACGGAGAUUUCUUCCCGGUAUGGGGCACCUGUUUGGGCUUUGAAUUGCUUCUCUAUCUAUCGGCAGCCAAAAGGAAUUACCUAACUUCCUGUGAAUCUUACAAUCGAGCUUCGACCCUAAAAUUUCUUCCAGAUGCCUCUACUAGUCACCUGUACCAAAGAGCGCCGGAUGGCGUACUGAAAACGCUGAGCAAGGAGAAAUCGACGUCGAAUUUUCAUCACUGGUGCAUGACGAGAGAGAACCUGACGAUGUCGAACCUGGACAAAUUUUACAGACCUCUGGCCACCUCGACGGAUGACAACGGUCUGGAGUUUGUGGCCACCAUCGAAGCCGUCAACUAUCCCAUUUGGGGCGUGCAAUUCCAUCCGGAGAAGAACGUCUACGAAUGGGGCGCCAAUUUGACUUCGGUGCCGCACUCGCCAGGUGCAGUCAAGGCCGGCCUGUAUUUCGCCGAUUUCUUCGUCAGUCAAGCUCGUAAGAGUCAACAUCGGUUUUCUUCGAGACGUGAAGAGGAGAGUUACUUGAUUUACAACUACUUACCAGUCUACACAGGCAACGUCUCCAGUAGCUUCCUCCAGUCGUACUUUUUCGAUUAAAACCUAUACACUCUAGUGCGCCGCUCCAACCGCUUGAUGGACCGUGUUUCAAUUCUUGUAUGAUUAACCUGUUGCCUAGGCUCCCAUCUGUCUGUAAUGUUUAAGCAAUAUCUUAUAGAAAUUCCCCACUUUGAGGUUGGAACCAAAUACUCUCGAUAGAAUCAACGCAUCGUUUACAUUAAUGCCAUUCUUAUGCCAUACACAUUACAUAAUCAUACAAAUAAAAUUUAGGAAAAACUUGAAAAUUCAAAUAAAUUGGAAAAUUUCGCAUAA